GGCCUAGUCCAGUUGGCUCUGUUUGGAAGCCUCCUUGCCCUCCUCCUCCUCCUCCAGGGCCUUCUGCCGGCGUCAUGGCGGCGCCCUCUUCCUCGGCGGCGGCGGCGCUGCUCCUUCUUGGCGGGCGGCGUGGCUUGCGCUUCGGCCAGGGCCUCCCCUGCUCCCGGGCUUUGCGGCCCCCGGAGCCUCCCCCUUGGCCGGCCCUCAGGCCGCCAGCAUGCCAUUUCUCUGCAAAUUCCAAAAAUUUCUUCUCUGCCUUAGUGUCCAAAGUCAAAUACAUGAAUAACAAAUAUGAAAGAUAUUUGGAAAGAACAUUCCCACGUUUCUAUCAGCUGUACUCAACUUUCAUAAAAGGUUUUCGGAUAUUUUUCUUGGAAGCAAAAGAAAUAAGGAGGAUAAAGACAAACAUGUCCCAUAAAAAUAUCCAGUUUCAUCAGCUUCCAUACAGAGAGAUGGAAAGACUAAGGCAGUUUCGCAGAGACCUGAUCAAGGCCAUUCCUGUUGGGAUUCUGUCUCUUCCACCCUUUGCUAACUAUCUGGUUCUUUUGCUUAUGUAUCUGUUCCCAAGACAACUCUUGAUACGGCACUUUUGGACUCCUAAACAACAAGCCGAGUUUCUGGACACAUACCACAAUAUAAGGAAGGAGGCAUAUCCUGAAGUGCUUGAUGGUCUAAAGCAUCUGACUCACUCCUUAGUUGAUCCACAGCUUCGCAAACAGAUGCUAGAUCUCUGCAAAAAGGUACAGGAAGGAUGCCACCCAGAUAUAAAAGAACUUAAAGCUACAAGGACCUUAUUUGUGGGGCACCCCUUUGGCAUCCAGCGGCUCAGGAUUCAACAGGUGAAAGUUCUAAGUCGUGUUCUCUUCCUGACUCCUCGCUUGCCUUCCUUCUUCCUACGAUAUCGCCUGCGGAAUCAUGUGUUGGAGCUUUACCACCUAGACCAAGCAAUGCUGAAAAUGGGAAUCAGAGAGCUGACAGAUGAAGAAGUACAAAUGGCAUGUUAUAUUCGUGGUUUGAAUUCUGUUCACCUUAGCCCAUUGGCAUGCAGGCUGUGGUUGGACCAGUGGCUAGCGCUGUCCUGCUCACUGAAAGAAUCUGAAGCUUCACUCCUGGCCCAUGGCAUGGUCUUACUUUCCACCAACUUCACACCAUCCUCGAAGAGUUGACCGAGGGGAACUGUUUCUGGACCACUUAUGAAGACAUGCUGCAAUGAUGACCCCCUGGCUGAACAAGAAGGGGACAUGGAUUUUUGCUUACAGUAAAAGAGUAGCAAGAGUCCAGCAGGUGAGGUCUCUCCAACACUCGUUAGCCUUGAGGGGGAGAUAGGGGAAGCACUGCAAGUCAUAUUCUUUCCAUUGCACUGGGGACCAGAGUGUUGCCAAGACUGUGCUAGACAGAAUAACAGCAAAGUGUAAGUCUAGCUCAGUAAAGUAGGCCCACUUUGAAACAUGUAACAUGAUCGUCUGUAAAAAUGUGCUAGUGAUUUUCAGUGGGCAUUAUAAAGUGUUUGGCACAUAUGGUGCAGAACAUUAAAAAAAUAAGCAGGAUUCUUGCAGUACUUAUACAGAAUGAUUUGACAGUGACACCUAACAAACUUCCAUUUCCGUGCUGGGGUUGGAAUCAUGCUGCCCUACAGAGAUGUUGAACUGCAACUCUCAGCAUUCUUCCCCAUUAGCUGUGCUCCCUAGGGCUGCAGUGAGCACCACCAUUCCUACUCUGUCUCAAAAUACUUUGACAAUACUGAACUGAUGAUGAUGGUGAUACGAGGCAAGUCUGAGGAGUCCCUCACUUGAUGGCAUGUGGGAAGAGGAAGCCAAGUCUUGUACACUGGAACUGGAAUUCUUUCUAGAGUGCAAAUCAUGUAUACUAGUGAUCGAAUACAAAUGCAAAUUGUAUGAAGUGAAUGAUAUCCCAACUGUAUUAUAGCUAAUAUAUAAUUGCUCCAGGAAAGAUGGUUAAUAAAGACAAGCUUAACACUU